AUGGAAAGACUUUUGCUCCCCACUACUCCUCUCUCUCUCUUACUGCUGCUCUUGAUGAGCUUAGGCUUGGGCUGGGCGUGGACUACUCCUGAUUGCGUGGUAGGAGACAGCUCCCUGUUAUCUAACAUCUCCUACUAUAUCCCAUUCUGUUCCUUGGCACCAGGACUGCACCUUUUUGCAUCAUGCUCCAAUGUUAAUGACCUGAAACGGACCUUGACAGCACUGCCCAGGAGAUUAGAGGCACUAUGUCUCCAGGGCACAGUUUCUAUCUUACCAGCUGAUGCUUUUGGGCACUUUCCCACACUACAGCUCCUAAGGCUACAGCUGGGCCCCAUCAGGAUUACAUCUGGAGCAUUUCAAGGAUUGGACCAGUUGCAGCACCUUUUCUUUGAGCACCCCACUUCCUGUUGUCUGAGUCUAUUUCUUCCUCCAGAUGCCUUCAAGCCCCUCAGAUUUCUCAACAGCCUUUCAUUCCAAGGCUAUUGCCUGAAUUCUAGCCAGAACAUCCAGUUGCCUAUCAGUCUUAGUAAUCUGACCCUGACACACAGCUGUCUGACAGAGCUACAGGAAUUGCAAAGACUCUUUCCAAGCUUUGGGCCUGAUUCCUCACCCAUAGCCAACUCUAGCCCAUGGUCCCCAUUCCUAGAGAUGCUGGAUCUCUCUGCCAACAUACACCUGAGUCGGGUUGGUAUCAGAGCCUUGCAUGGCCUCCAGCUCCAUUCUCUGAGGUUGGAUGGCACCCAGAUAAGUGCAUUAGAACUCUUAAACUCAGGGUUGCUUCAUCUGGAUUCCCUCUCCCUUGUGGGUACAGGUCUAGAAAAAUUGCCCAGGAAUGUGACAGCCUACUUUAAGCUUUUAGCACUCGACCUUGGGAGGAAUCAAAUCCAGAACAUAAUGGAUGAGGACCUCCCAGGCUUCCACUCCCUGGAACACCUCAACCUUCAUGCCAAUGGCCUGCAUUCAUUGCCAAUCAGGUUCCUGAGUGCCUUGCCCCAGCUUCAAAGGCUUAACCUAUCAAUGAACAAGCUGGGACCAACCUUAGUGCUUCCGGAAGUACUGGUUAGCACAAACCUGAGAGUGCUAGAUCUAUCCCACAAUGAGCUCAGUGCUCUGCCUUCUAGAGCCUUCUCUCUUCCUCAACUCCAGGAGCUCUGGCUGGGUGGUAACAACAUCUCUAACUUAUCCAAUGAGACCUUAAGGGGAUUGAGGUGGCUAAAGACCCUAGAUCUGAGUUGGAACCAAAUUAAGGUGCUGAAUCCAGGCUGGCUUUCCUCUCUUCCUGCUCUUACCUCACUGAACCUCCUGGGCACCCAUAUAGAGUAUUUCUCUGGCCGGCUGCUCCAGGGUCCCCAGAAGCUGAGCCAUCUGUGUCUGAGUUCUCCUGAAAUGCUGGAACUCUACCCUCCCUGGCCUUCAACACUGCUCAGUUUAGAGGUACGAGCAAACACCUACAUCCAGUUUAGUGUUCCCCAUGGAGAACCUUUUCUAUAUUUGGAGAAACUUACCUUACAAACUUCCAACGUGUUGCUGUAUCCGAACAAUGUCACAAUCCACUUCCCUUCCCUGCGCCACCUCACCCUGCGAGGUUGCAGCCCCAGUAUUUUCUCUAGCCAUCAAUCCCAGAGGUUCUUCCCACAGCUUCCUUUCCUGGAACACCUGCACUUCUGGUCUAAUCAUGAGGGACCAGAAAACCUACAACUGUUUGGGAUGCCCCAGCUGCGAGUGCUGGAGCUGGGGGACAUGGAGAACCCCCCCUACUAUUCAAGCCCAAUGAAUCUGGAGGUGCUACUGAAGGAGCUGCCUCAGUUAGAAGUGCUGACUUUGAGCAACCUGAACUUUGGGAACCUUUCAGACUCCACCUUCAGGGGCCUGGGCCUCCUACAGCUGCUGCUGCUGAACUCUGAAUGGGCCCUGGGGAUGGACAGCAGCCUCCAAGAACUUAUCCCCCAGAUGCCUCAAUAUGUUUAUUUCUCAAAUGUCACCUUCAUCUGCCAAUGUGAAAGCUCUUGGGUAGGGCCUUGGGCAACACAGGCCCCAAAUACCUUUGUGUAUGGGCUACAGAAAUCAAUUUGCAUGGCCAAUGCCUCUGACUACUCCAAGACUCCACUUCUCUCUUUCUUUUCUGUUCACUGCCUAGAUGACCUCGGACUUCAGAGCUUUCUAACUAGCUUUACUCUGGUGCUCAUGCUGAUCAUUUUUGCUUUGCUUGGGUGCCCUAAAUGGCCCUGGCUCCACCACCUCUGGACUCUAUUUCAUGCCUGGUGGUGGAAGUUGGGUGGCUGGCACCACAGAAGCCACUACCAUUAUGAUGUCUUUAUAUCCUGUUGUAGGCAAGAUCAAACCUGGGUGCUGGCAGAGCUGAUUCCUGCCCUGGAGAAACCUCUUCCAGAUGGUGAGGGUUUAAAGCUAUGCUUACCAGAGAGAGACUUCGGAGUUGGGCAGGACAGGUUGGACGCAACGUUUGCCAGCAUGAAGAGCAGCAGAGCCACUUUGUGUGUGCUCAGCCACCAGGCUUUGGGAAGUCCCUGGUGCAAUUUAGAGUUAAGUCUUGCCACCUACCACUUGGUGGCCAAGUCUGGAACUGCUCACCUUCUGCUGCUCUUUCUGGAGCCUAUAGAUCGGCAGCAGCUGCAUGGCUACCACCGCCUUGCCUGUUGGCUUCAGAAAGAGGACUACUUGAAUCUUCCCCAAAGGAGUACUGAGUGGGUGGCUUUCUGGGAGCAACUUCGGAGAAGACUAAGAAAAGCUGUACAAGAAAGAGAAGAUUGGAGACCAUGA